AUGGCCCGGCGCGUGCCGCGGGUCUCGGCCGCAGCCCAGUUCCGCCUCCGGUGGCGCCCACGUGAUGCCAGGCGGGGUGAGGCCUGGGCUCCCGCGCCCCGCCCUGACCUCGGCUGCCCGCGUCCACUGGGAGCAAACUGGGACCUCGGGCCUGCGGGGAUCCCUGCUUGGCCGUGCGCCAAGAGGCCGAUCCGCAGGCCGGUGGUGGCCUCGGCCCUGCUGGACCCAGAGGCCGGGAGUGGCAACGCCGGCCAGCCCCCUCCUCGCCGGGGUAUCGGACCGAACUCUGCAGGCCCCGCCUUCGCAGGAGCCCGCCCGAUCUCCCUCAACUCUCCGCCCUUCAGGCCCCGCCCCUCCUACAGACCCCGAGUCUCCCCGCAGUCGGCCCCAGGAGGCUUUGACCCCGCCCUCUCCCCCGCGCGGCUCCCCCCACAGGAGGCCCCGCCCCCGCAGGCACGGCCCCGCCCCGCAGCUCGGGCCCGCCCCCCACGCGUGCGUACUGAGGUGCGCAGUCGGAAGCCGGGCGCCGGCGGAGCCGCGGCGCUGUCCUCAGCGCGGACCCGGCCUCCUGCGCCGGGGCGGGCGGGCGACAGAGCCCCGGGACCCGCCGUGCCGGGACACAGCUUCCGGAAGGUGACGCUCACCAAGCCCACGUUCUGCCACCUCUGCUCCGACUUCAUCUGGGGGCUGGCCGGCUUCCUGUGCGACGUCUGCAACUUUAUGUCCCACGAAAAGUGCCUGCGGCACGUGAAGACUCCAUGUGCUGGUGUGGCACCCAGCCUGGUGCGGGUCCCUGUAGCCCACUGCUUUGGCCCUCGGGGGCUCUACAAGCGAAAAUUCUGUGCUGUCUGCCGCAAGGGCUUGGAGGCACCUGCACUCCGCUGCGAAGUGUGUGAGCUGCACGUUCACGCCGACUGUGUGCCCUUCGCCUGCAGCGACUGCCGCCAGUGUCACCAGGAUGGACACCAUGAUCAUGACACCUACCACCACCACUGGCGGGAGGGGAACCUACCCUUGGGUGGACGCUGUGAGAUCUGCAGGAAGACCUGUGGCUCCUCGGACGUGCUGGCUGGUGUGCGCUGCGAGUGGUGUGGCGUCCAGGCCCACUCGCUGUGCUCUGUGGUGCUGGCUCCCGAGUGCACCUUUGGGCGGCUGCGCUCCAUGGUUCUGCCCCCUGGGUGUGUGCGCCUGGUGUCCCGCAAUUUCAGCAAGAUGCAUUGCUUCCGUAUUGCUGAGACUGCAGUCCUGGAGCUAGGUGAUGGGGAUGAUGGUAUGGAUGGAAGCGCUGCUUUGGGCCCUGGCAGGGAUGUGCCGGCAGCCCCCGAGUCCAGCAAACAGACCCUGAAGAUUUUUGAUGGCAACGAUACCAUGAGGAGAAACCAUUUCCGUCUGGUUACUGUGCCUCGCCUGGCCAGGAGCGAGGAGGUGCUGGAGGCAGCACUUCGGGCCUACUAUGUCACUGAUGACCCUGGGGACUUUGAGCUUCAGGAACUGCCCUUGCCCUUGCCGGCUAGUGAUGCCCAGGCGCCAGGAAAGGCUGGGAGUGGUGGUUCAGCUGAAGAGGACAGCGGCAGGGGCUCUGGGACCCAUGAACCUGAGGCCUGGGUCAUCCGUGCACGGCCCCGCACCCAGGAAGUCCUGAAGAUCUACCCUGGCUGGCUCAAGGUAGGUGUGGCCUACGUGUCCAUCCGCGUGACUUCCCAGAGCACAGUGCGCACUGUGGUGCUAGAGGUCCUCCCACUACUUGGACGCCAGGCGGAGAGUCCCGAGAGCUUCCAGCUGGUGGAGGUGCUCAUGGGUAGCAGGCAAGUCCAGCGGAUGGUGCUGGCUGAGGAGGAGUCCCUGCUUCAGCGACUUCAGGACAUCCGGCAGACAUCCCUGCGGCAGGCCAGCCAGACACGGUUCUACGUGGCUGAGAGCAAGGCUGUGACCCCCCAUAUCUCCCUGUUUGUGGGUGGCCUGCCACCUGGCCUGUCCCCUCAAGAAUAUGGCAACCUGCUACAUGAGGCCAUGGCCACCAAAGCUGCUGCAGUGUCCGUGAGCCACGUCUACUCCCAAGGUGCAGUGGUGCUGGAUGUCACCUGCUUUGCUGAGGCCGAGCGGCUAUACAUGCUGGGGAGGGACACAGCUGUGCAUGGCCAGCCACUGACCACACUGGUGCUCCCGGAUGUGAUGCACGGGAAGCUGCCCCCAGACUGCUGCCCCCUCCUCGUGUUUGUGAACCCCAAGAGUGGUGGCCUUAAGGGCCGAGACCUGCUCUGCAGUUUCCGGAAGCUGCUGAACCCUCACCAGGUCUUCGAUUUGACAAAUGGGGGGCCACUUCCCGGGUUCCACCUCUUCUCCCAGGUGCCCUGCUUCCGUGUGCUGGUGUGUGGUGGUGACGGCACUGUGGGCUGGGUUCUCACUGCCCUGGAGGAGACACGGCAUCGUCUGGCCUGCCAGGAGCCAUCUGUUGCUAUUCUGCCUCUGGGCACAGGGAAUGACCUCGGUCGGGUCCUCCGCUGGGGUGCAGGUUACAGUGGAGAGGACCCGUUCUCCAUGCUGGUGUCUGUGGAUGAGGCGGAUGCUGUGCUUAUGGACCGUUGGACCAUUCUGCUAGAUGCUCACAAGGCUGCUGGUACAGAGAACAGUGUGGUGGAUGCAGAGCCCCCCAAGAUUGUGCAGAUGAGUAACUACUGUGGAAUUGGCAUUGACGCCGAGCUCAGCCUGGACUUCCACCAGGCGCGGGAGGAGGAGCCUGGCAAGUUCACCAGCAGAUUCCACAACAAGGGUGUGUAUGUGCGGGUCGGGCUGCAAAAGAUCAGCCACUCACGUGGCCUACACAAGGAGAUCCGGCUGCAGGUGGAGCAGAGGGAGGUGGAGCUGCCCAGCAUUGAGGGCCUCAUCUUCAUCAACAUCCCCAGCUGGGGUUCAGGAGCUGACCUCUGGGGCUCGGACAAUGACUCGAGGUUUGAGAAGCCACGCAUGGAUGAUGGGCUGCUGGAGGUGGUGGGCGUGACAGGCGUCAUGCACAUGGGCCAGGUGCAGGGGGGACUGCGCUCCGGCAUCCGCAUCGCCCAGGGCUCCUACUUCCGUGUCACGCUCCUCAAGGCCACGCCUGUGCAGGUGGACGGUGAGCCCUGGGUGCAGGCCCCAGGACACAUGAUCAUCUCAGCUGCGGGUCCCAAGGCUGUCCCCUGGAUGCCCCUUUGGAGCAGACGCCUGGCCUGCCUCCCCACUGUGGGCAGGUGGUGUGCAGCCCUGGUGGCCGUGGGGUGACCUCCCCCCGUCUGGCUCAGGGAAGGUGUCAUCCCUUGACUCCUGUCUCAUCACUGCAUGGGGUUCUACCAGGGGAGGUGGUUGUGGGCGGUGCCCAGCCUCACCUGGGAGAGGGGACCUGUGCCCACCCUGAGACAGGGUGGGCUAGGGUGGCUACUAUGUGGCAGCUGGAGUGUGGGCUGGGCCCCGAGUGUUCCCCCUUGGCCCCUGGGGUGGGCAUUUAGUGUCCAGAGGGGACCAGCGGGACUUCCCUGUCCAGUCAGUGAACGUGUAAAUAACACCUACAUGUGGGGGAGUGCAUUUAAUGCCCUUGUUCUUAAACGUAGCACUUUACAUAAUGCUUUGCCAGCAACCUGGGCUCUGGCACACCAGUGUAGACACAGCUCCCAUCUACCCCGGCAGUACUGCUGGCUGAGCCCCUCGGAGCGCUCUGCUGGGAUGACUUGGCUGGUUUGAAUGAAGAGCUUCUAACUGUGCCCAGGAGCUCAUUGUUACCCCGCAGAUGCUGGAGGAAUCUGACCAAAACUAAGCGGCCUGUGUAGGGAGUCUGCAGAGGUCCCCAAAGCAAGAGACGACCUGGUCCAGCCCUUCCUAGCACUCAUGGUGCUGGGUUUGCACAUGGGCUGGCUUCCAGGUGUGACCUGUGCCUCCCCGGGAAUCUCCAUGCCGCAGUGCCACAUCCCAUCCCCGCUUCUGCCAAAACUGCAGACACAUGCACCUCUACUCCAUUGGUGGUCUCAGAGUAGCAGUCCUUAUGUUUACAUCACUUGUCAUCUUCAGAACAAGUCCUUAGUGGCGUAGUUAGUUGACUUCAACCUGCAGGAAUCGUUUGUAAAUUGUGUCUGUGUGGUCUAUCUUCUAUUUAAGUGAGACUGCCUGCAGGGCUGUGACCCUGGGCCCCAGGCCUCUCCUUAUGAUGUACUGCUAUCUGAAUGUGACCUAACUUAUACCUGGGACAAAUAGAGUUGGGCUUCAGUG